GUGUAGAGAUGCGAGGACCGGGAAAGACCAGAGGAGCGUGAUAACAACUGAGAGAUGACUGCGCCAAAAAGGGCAAUAAAAGAUGAAAGUUUAACAAACAGCGUCAACACGAUGUGUCGUUCAGUCUGCUGUUUUAACAUCGACCCGAGCUCGUGCACUAACACACGAAAAGCAUUCCCUACCAAGAUUUGUGAAUGUGAAUAGAAAUUUAAGACUUGCGAUGUCUUCUGGAAUGGGCACCCCGAGCGACCCCUUGUUGUCCAGCCCUGUAGGAGGGAAGUUUGGGACCGUUCAGGAUAGCACUUGGAGACCUACAUUAUCUAAGACGUCCAGUUUUCCAUCAUCCACUACACGGCACCUCAGUCACAGAGCGAACAAUUUUCAGAGGCACCCCAAACGAAGGAAACUUAUCCGACCGUCUCCGCCUCCACCUCCGAACACUCCGUGUCCUCUGGAACAGCUGGACUUGAGCGAGCUGCCUCCAAGACGCGCUUUCCAUGAACUUCUCUUCAAUGGCUGUAUUUUGUUCGGUAUUGAGUUCAGCUACGCUAUGGAGACGGCGUAUGUCACACCUGUACUUUUACAGAUGGGCUUGCCCGAUCAGUUUUACAGUCUUGUUUGGUUUAUCAGUCCAAUUUUAGGAUUUCUGCUUCAGCCAUUCCUUGGAGCUUGGAGCGAUCGAUGUACAUCUCGGUUUGGUCGCAGGAGACCUUUUAUCUUUGCCUUGGCGAUAGGAGCUCUGCUGGGUCUCACACUGGUACUGAAUGGACGGGACAUUGGAUCGGCUGUGGCGGACACCACCAUCGAUCACAAGUGGGGCAUCGUGCUGACGGUGUGCGGCGUGGUUCUGAUGGACUUUAGUGCUGAUUCGGCUGACAACCCCAGUCAUGCGUACAUGAUGGAUGUGUGUAGCCCGGAGGACCAAGACAGAGGCUUGAAUAUACAUGCUCUACUUGCAGGUCUUGGAGGCGGGUUCGGCUACAUCGUGGGUGGCAUUAACUGGGACCAAACUGAGUUCGGAAGGUCGAUGGGUGGCCAGCUCCGGGUCAUAUACCUGUUCACCAGCAUCACCCUUGUCGCCGCCACGGCUAUGACCCUCACGAGUAUUCCUGAGCGGACUCUACCGCAAUCUCAGCCUCAAACGAGAAGCGCCCGAAACCUCAAGAGCCCCAACCUUCCCUUACCUCUGUCCCCGCCCCCACCUCCUGGAGCAGUCUUGGAUGAUGAAGAUGAAGAGGAUGCACUAUUCAGCAGCCAGUUCUCCAACCGUCCUUACCAGGAUCCUUUGGGCCGUUCGAGCAGUGCCAACGCGCGCCUCUAUGCGGGUCUCACCAGCCCCAUCUCCCCCUUGAGUCCUCUCACCCCCAAAUACGGCAGUUUUAUCAGUCGAGACAACUCGCUCACGGGCAUCAAUGAGUUCGCUUCCAGUUUUGGCACCUCUUAUAUAGACAGAGUAUUAAUUGAAUGUUACACUGGACAGCAGACUCCCCAGCCAUUAGAAUCUGGAGCAGUUGCUCUGCCUUUGCCACCAGGGAACACGCCCCCUCCCCAAGGGGUGUCCCGAUCAAGUGAAACGCUUGGUACGAAUGAUGUUGUGCAGCAAAACAAACUCUCACAGCCUAACGGAGAGAUGUUGGCAAUUCAAGAGUUGCCAGCAAAUGAGCAAAAGCAACCUAAUGAGGACCAACUUGUCGAGGUCCAACAGGGUGCCUCAGGGUUACAGCGAGGUAGUAGCUUAGGAAUACUGAAACGUCCUCAGAGUCUGGCCUUAAUGGAGGACCCACUUAUUGACCCAAGCAAUGGGCUGGAUAACGGUCGUAGACGCACCGUCACCUUCAGUCAGCAGGUGGCAAAUAUCUUGUUGAAUGGGAUGCGCUAUGAGAGUGACCUCAGUAGCAGUAGUGAGACAGCAGACAGUCAAAUGUCAAUCAAACUGCUCUGUACCGCCAUCUACAGGAUGCCUCCGUGUUUACGAAGCCUGUGCACCAACCAUUUCCUGGGCUGGUUAUCGUUUGAGGGGAUGUUGCUCUUCUACACUGACUUUAUGGGUGAAGUCGUAUUUGGGGGCGACCCAAAGGCCCCUCACGAUUCAGAGGCAUAUCAGCGCUACAACGCGGGCGUCAGCAUGGGCUGCUGGGGCAUGUGCAUCUAUGCAUUCAGUGCUGCGUUUUAUUCAGCCAUUCUCGAGAAGCUGGAGGAGAGAUUCUCUCUGCGUUCGCUGUAUUUUUUUGCCUACCUGGCCUUUGGAUUGGGCACAGGACUGGCCACUCUCUCCACUAACCUGUAUGUGGUGCUGUCUCUUUGUGUUACCUAUGGGGUCCUCUUCUCUUCUCUGUGCACGCUGCCUUACUCUCUGCUCUGCGAUUAUUACCAGAGCCCUCAGUUCUGCGGUUCAUCAGAAGACGGGACCAGGCGUGGUAUGGGUGUUGACAUCUCCCUGCUCAGCUGCCAGUACUUCCUGGCGCAGAUCUUGGUUUCCGUGGCGAUGGGUCCUUUGACAUCGCUGGUGGGUGGGGCCCAGGGCGUGAUGUACUUUUCGAGUCUGAUGUCAUUUGUGGGCUGCCUGUAUUCCUCACUGUGUGUGGUGUACCAGCUGCCACCACCCGAGGGUGAGCCUCCACUGAGUGAGACCCAACCGCUACUGGCAGAACGGACGUUGAGGCCGGCGUAUGAGUGACCGCAAUAAGGAAACAAGAGGCUGCGUGCGGAAGAAAAAGCCAAACGUAUUGUUUGGUGACCAGCAACAAAUCUGGACAUCAAAUAUGGACUCUACACCAGAGCGCUCUGAAGGGUGCCCUUGUGUUGCUAAGCAUCGUUUUGGUUUGUUUGUUUUGCUUUGUAUGUCUGCACACCUCUGAAGGGUGACGUUUUGAGCUUUGCAAUACAUGCCGCACAAAACAUUGAACUAUUAAUAAGUUAUGUUUAGCAGGUAGCAAGCUCCAGCAAAUAAAGAACUGAAUCAAAUACAUUAUCAAAUUUUUUCCGAAGUCAUGUGUAUUUACAUAAGCAUAAAACAGGUAUACAGAGGUUUUUUAUUCACUCAAAAGUGUUUGAGUUUAAAAAACAAUACACUGUUUAAAAAGAAAACUAACUACUGGUGGACUGAUUCAUCCGCUGUACCAAACGGCUCAAAGAAAUGGACAACAUUGGCUUUCUCAGACUAGUUAGUUUAAUAUUUUGUUUAAGGAUGUGGCGAUACAAAAUUUCUUUGCCGAUACCGAUAUUUGAUUUCUUAAAAUGACAUCAUCUGAUACCGAUUAAUAACGAUUGUUUUUCUUUAUUAUACCUAUAUUUGAUUACUUAGUAUGAAAUCUAAUGAUAAAUAAUGAUUGUUUUACUUUUUUACUACUGAUAUUUGAUUACUUAGAAUGACAUAUAUACCAGUAAUACAGAUUUUUUUACUACCGAUAUUUGAUUAUUUACAAUGACAUAUACUGAUAAAGUAUCUUGCUCAGGGACACAAUGGUGUUACAGUGGAUUCAAACCCGGGUCUCUCACACCAAAGGCAUGUGUCUUAUCCACUGCGCAUUCACCACCCCAUAGUGGUGACAGUAAGACAUAUAGGACGACAUGUACCAAUAAUGAUAAAUGCAGAUUAUUUUACUAACGAUAUUUGAUUACUUAGAAUGACAUAUAACAAUAAAUGCAGAUUGUUUUGCUGCCGGUAUUUGAUUACUUAGAAUGCCAUAUACCGAUAACGAUAAAUGAAUAUUGUUUUACUACCGAUAUUUGAUUACUUGGUAAAACAUAUACCGAUAAUUAUAAAUGUAGAUUGUUUUACUACCGAUAUUUGAUUACUUGGUAAAACAUAUACCGAUAAUUAUAAAUGUAGUUUGUUUUACUACCGAUAUUUGAUUACUUGGUAAAACAUAUACCGAUAAUUAUAAAUGAGGAUUGUUUUACUACCGAUAUUUGAUUACUUAGAAUGACAUAUAUCGAUAACGAUAAAUGCAGAUUGUUUUACUACCGAUUUUUUAUUACUUAGAAUAAAUGUAGAUUGUUUUACUACCGAUAUUUGAUUACUUAGAAUGACAUAUAUCGAUAACGAUAAAUGCAGAUUGUUUUACUACCGAUUUUUUAUUACUUAGAAUAAAUGUAGAUUGUUUUACUACCGAUAUUUGAUUACUUAGAAUGACAUAUAUCGAUAACGAUAAAUGCAGAUUGUUUUACUACCGAUUUUUUAUUACUUAGAAUAAAUGUAGAUUGUUUUACUACCGAUAUUUGAAUACUUGGUAAGACAUAUAUCGAUAACGAUAAAUGCAUAUUGUUUUACUACCGAUUUUUUUUUUAUUACUUAGAAUAAAUGUAGACUGUUUUACUACCGAUAUUUGAAUAGUUGGUAAGACAUAUAAAGAUAAUGACAAAUGCAGAUUGUUUUACUACCGAUAUUUGAUUACUUACAAUGUCAUAUACCGAUAACGAUAAAUGCAAAUUGUUUUACUACCGAUAUUUAAUUACUUUGAAAGCCAUUUACCGAAAAUGAUACAUGUUGAUUGUUUUACUAUCAGUAUUUAUUUACUUAUAAUGGCAUAUACCGAUAAUGAUACAUGCAGAUUGUUUUACUACCGAUAUUGAUUACUUGGUAAGACAUGUGACGAUAAUGUUAAAUGCAGAUUGUUUUACUGCCGAUAUUUAAUUACUUAGAAUGGCAUAUACCGAUAAAGAUAAAUGCAGAUUGUUUUACUACCGAUAUUUGAUUACUUAGAAUGGCAUAUACUGAUACGAUACAUGCAGAUUGUUUUACUACCGACAUUUGAUUAUUUAGUAAAGACAUAAAAAAAUUGAAUUACCGCUACCGAUAAAAUAACAUUGAACUAGUGAUGUUUUUGAACAUUUUCUACACACAGAGCUUAAAUUUAUCGCAUAUUCCUGUUCUCUUUUGAUUGAGAGGAUAUACUGGCUAACGGCUGUUUUGGGUGAUAGUGAGAAAAAUUGCUUUUAUCCUCCAAUACCGAUUAUCGCCAUAUACAGUACUGUGCAAAAGUCUUAGGCCACCAUGCCAGAAUUAGAUUUGUUGUUUUUGCAAUGUUAUAGUGAUCAUAUAUAAUUGUUUCUUCAAUAGAAUACAUCCAGAAAAUACAGGAAAUGUGUAUAUAGUAUUAAAAACUGUAUAAAAAUGUAAACUGAUGUGUCAAGUUUUUAGAGUAAACUCCCCUUCCACUUGAGGAAUAGCAGGAAACUGCAGGAUCUCUUAAAUCUUAAUUUCUAAUUUAUAAAGAAAUGAGUCUUUUUACUUCAUUCUGCUCAAAAACACUCAAGAUGUGUUUAGUGCCAAGAGAGGUCACACUAAACACCGAUUA